CUUACUUAUCAAUCACGACUCUUGAUUAAUGCCCUCGCACCUGAUCCAAGUGAUGCUCGUUUGAUGCGUUUGGCCUAGAAUCCCCACAACGUUUUCAGUCUCAAGAGAAACCAUAUUGAAACCACCAUGGCGGCCACAGCAGUAGACAAGGAGGGUCUCUUCAUUCCCCUCAUCAACUUCUCCGACUUCCUGAACGGUGACGACGCCACCCGCACCGCGACGGCCAAGCAGAUUCUCAGCGGCUUCCAGAACGCCGGCUUCAUCUACCUCCAGAACGUGCCCAUCAGUGAGGAACUCCGCGCUGCCACCUUCGCCAAAUCGGCCGAUUUCUUCGCCCAGGAUGACGAGGCAAAGCUCGCCCUGGGCUGGACCACCCCCGAGGCGAACCGCGGGUACUCGGCGCCCGGUCGCGAGAAGGUCAGCACCCUCAAGACCAACGCCGAGAUCGAAAAGGUGCGUGCGGGGAACCCCGACCUGAAGGAGAGCUACGAGAUCGGCCGCGAGGGCGAGCCCGAUCACCCGAACCAGUGGCCCACCGAGAAGGAGGGCACGCGCGUCGCCGGGUUCAAGUCGCAGAUGCUGGAGUUUCAUGACCGGUGCAAGGAGUUGCACGUCGAGGUUAUGCGCGCCAUCGCCGUCGGCAUGGGCCUCGACGAGCACUUCUUCGACAGUUUCACGGACGCCGGCGACAACACGCUGCGUCUCCUGCAUUACCCCUCCGUCGACCCCAACAUCUUCAAGAUCAACCCCGGCCAGGUCCGCGCCGGUGAGCACAGCGACUACGGCUCCAUCACACUCCUAUUCCAGGAUGAUCGCGGUGGUCUGCAGGUCAAGAGCCCUAAUGGACAGUUCGUGGACGCCACGCCAAUCCCCGGGACGGUCGUUGUUAACGCGGGUGACUUGCUGGCAAGAUGGAGCAACGACACCAUCAAGAGCACUAUUCACCGAGUUGUAGAGCCUCCGAGGAAGCCAGAGGACGGCACCAAGUACCCUCCACGGUACAGCAUCGCCUACUUCUGCAACCCCAACUUCAAGAGCCAUAUUGAGGCCAUCCCCGGCACAUACGCCACUGAAGCGGAGAAGAAGUACGAGGGUAUUGAUAGCGGGACGUAUCUUGUGCAGAGACUUACGGCAACUUAUUGAUUCGCCCAAGGCAAUCCGGGUAUGUGCGAACUCGGUCUAAAACUGUAAAACCAGACAGCUGUCAUUCAAUAAAACGCUGUACCUUUAUACGUCCCCCGUGAUUGUUUCGUGACCCAAACGAGUCUUUUGGCAGACCUCGAAGCCUUUUUUUUUUUAUUACCAAGAGGCAUAGUGAUCCUACCGCUAUCGCCGCUUUUAUUAAC